AGUCUUCAAACAGCUAAAAAUGAUAUGGAAAUAAAUAUUGCUGAACUUCAGUGCCAAAUUACAAAACAAUCAGAUGAAAAUAAUAAAUAUGUUAAUGAAAUAACUUUAGUAGAAAAUGAUCUAAAAGAAAAAACAUUAUUGGUAGGAAAUUUAAAUGAUGAAUUGAACCAAGUUAAACUAUUAAAUGCUGAACUAAAAGAACAAAUUAAUGAAUCACAAAACAGAAUGAUUAAACUGUCUGAUGAAAAAGAAAAAAUGAUAAUUGAUAUAACAUUAAUGGAAAACAAUCUUAAAGAAAAAACAUCAUUGGUAAGCAAUUUAAAAAAUGAAUUGAAUGAACUUAAAAUACAAUACAACAAACUUGAAGAACAUAACCAGGCUAAUAAAGAACAAAUUUGUUAUAGCUAUGAUAUUGAUUCAGAGUUGAGAAACGGUAAAAGAAAUAUUAUAAACGAAAUUAAUCUUCUUGAACCUGGAAAAAUUACUGGUGUUCUUACUGAUCAUAAUUUGUCAAAUUUAUUGGAUAUGUUUGUCAGCCUUAUAAUGACUAAAGAACAACAAAUUGUAACUGACUUAGUUAAUGACCACAAUAAGGUCAAACGACUAUAUGAAGAUCAAAUCAAACAGUUCCAAGAAGACAUAAAAAAAGGAAAAGAAUGGCAAGAACAAGUUGAAAAUGAUAAUGAAAAACUUAGUCUUGAACUUGAAAAUCUCAAAUCUCAAAAACACAACUUCCCUUGUAGAGAAUUAAAAAUAAAAGAAUUGACAGAAAAAGUUUUGGAAGCAGAGAAUUUAUCUUUUAAUUAUCUAAAUGAGUUGGAAGAAUUAAAGACUCAAUUGACUAAAACAAGUGAACGCAAUUAUCAGACAUUGUCCGAUGAAUUUGAAACAUUUAAGACUAGUUCAGAGCUGUCUACACGAGAUUUGAAAAAUAAACUUGAAAACAUAACCAAACAAUACAACGAAUCAUUAAUUAUGUACAAAGAUCAAAAAGAUUGUUGUUAUAGUCUGGAAGAUAAAAUAGAAAAAAUUCAAUCUGAAUGUGCUUGUCUAAAAUCUGUUAUUGACAAAAAAGAUGAAGAUAUUAAAAACUUACUUGAUGGAUUUCAAUUGAAGACAAAUGAGUAUGAAACAUUGAUUGAAAAAUAUAGUUUACAAAAAGAAGAAACGAAAAUUCAUCAUGAAAAGAUAAUUAAUGAACUUGAAUUGGAUGUAAGUAAUAUCAAACAUCAGAUGUAUUGUACAGAAAAGUUGCUAAAAGAAAUAAAAAAAAAUAACCAACAACUACUUGAAGAGAAUUCGUUAAAUGUAUCAAAAAUUAAACAUAUGCAAGAAAAUUAUACUGUACGAAUAGCAGAAUUGGAAGGUGGUAGUCAAAUAACUAAAAAUGAUAAUAUAAAAUUGGAAAAUCUUGAAAAACAGUUAAAAGUAAAGAAUAUGGAACUUGAAAGCCUGGAAUCAAAUUUAAGGGAAAAAACUACAAAACUUAAGGAAACUCAGGAACAAUGUUCAAAACUAGCCCAUGCCCUCGAAACUCAUGUAGUAAAAAAUAAUGAAUUUGAGAAACAAUUAGAAAGUUAUUCAAAGAUAAAAGAUGAGGAGAUUGAAAAUUAUCGAAUUAAAUUGAAAAUGAAUGAAAAUAGUUUAAUAGAAGUAAAUAAUGUAACUGAAAAAUUAAGAAAAAAACUUAAGAGUGAUGGUACAUUAUCGACACUGUAUGAUAAUGUCUGUUCAUUAAUAACCAAAUGUGAAAACUUGGAAGAAGAAAUUAUUGAAUUGAAACAGUCUAAUGUUGACCUAGACAAUGAAUGUGAGUCUAUGUUAGAAGAAGUGAAGAGCAAAGACGAUAAAAUAGCAGAACUUUUGAAUCAAUUGGAUGAGCUUAAGCAAAACAUUGUAUUAUUAACAGAAGAGAGAGAUUUUUUGAAACGAAAAACUGAACAAUUUAAAAACUUCAAUGAUGAUGUCAAAAAAUUAAAUGAAGAAAUAUUUGGUUAUGAACAAAACAUAUCUGACCUAAGAAAAGACAAAGGUCAGCUUAUUGUACAACAUGAUAAAGAACUGAAGAAAUUGAAAAAUGAAUUGAAUCAAGUUCAAACUAAAAACUUGGAACUAUCAAAUGAAUACAGUAAAUUAUCCGAGACUGCUAAAAUUUUGGAAAAAUCAUUGAAGGAAGACAUUCAACAAUUAAAUAGAUGUAUUGUGGAUAAGAAUGCAAAAAUAUCCACAUUAGAACUGUUUUAUAAAACUAACACUGACGAUCUCAAAAAGAAGAAUCAUGAAUUGGAAAAUAUCUUUAAAAGGGCAAGAGAUGAGAAUAAUGCGUUGCGCAGAGAUUUACGCCAUUUGAAAGAAAUUACAAAUGUGACUAGAGUGGACCAAUUCACUCAAACUGCUGAAGAACAGAGUUUAGUGAGUAGUGCAAUAGUAGCCGACCACAAAAGCAUGAUUGAAAAAAUUGCUAAAUUUGAGAAGGAUAGUAAAAUGAUGAAAAUUAUGUUACAUCAUCGUAAAGCUAAAAUUGAAGAACUUGAAAAACAACUAAGUGAGCGACAUGGUUAAAUUUGAUUUAAAAUCUGUAUUGCCUUAACUUUGUAGUUAAAUAUUUAUAUUUAUAAUUUUUAUAUAUUAGUUUGUUUAUAAGAUAUUACAAUUCAAUGUGCAUUUGUAUAACUGUUUAUUUUAAGUAUCCAUUGAAUUAUAUUUUGUUCCAUAUUAUAUAAUAUACAACUUGAACUGUAACCCAUUUGUUCAUUGCUAUAUUUGAUAUAUAAUAUGAAUAAUUUGUAUUGCAUUUAAAGCAAAAACUUAUUUAUUUAUACAUUUUUAUUUCUUGAGAGUUGCUUAGACUUAAAAUUGAAUACAUUAAUUUUAUAAUGUUACAACUUUUGAUUUUGUGAGAUUAUAAUCCCUAUUACUAUAAUAGGUGAGAUGUAUGGUCAACAAAUAACAAAUUAUGACACUUGUUAAGUAUUUUAUAAGUAUGCCGGACGUCUGUUGUAAAUAAAACACUUUCUAUAAUUUAAGUUGUUAUUAAAUCAUUUAAAAAUAAAAACAUUUAACGCUGUAUAAUACUAUAAUCAUAAAGUAUCAUGUCUGUAAUAAUGUAAUUUAAAACUAAUUUUAAAUACUAUAAUUAAGAGUUGAGCUUAUGUGGCUACUUAAUUAUUACAAAAAUUAUUUUAGAUUGUAAAUUUUCUUUUUUAUCUUUAUAACUUAUUUUAUAGUAUUUUAUAUUUACGUGUGCAAGCUAAAAAUUAUAAAUAUCAUGAAUGUUAAAUUUGUGAGUGAAACUACAAA